AUGAUGAAUGAAGAAGAAAGAAAAAAUAUAAUAUCUGGUAAAAAAACUUUUGUGCCUUUUAAUAAAGAACAAUUAGAAAAAGAUGGAAGUGGUGGUGGUGGAGGACACCAAAAUGGAGGAGUUUCUAGUAUAUCAUAUAAUGAUAAAUUAUCAUAUACUGGUGGUAUUACUGGUGAAAGUUUUGAUAUAAUUGAUAAUACCUCAAUUCCAAUUUCUUUUUCAGCUCCAACAAUGUCUGAAACUAUUCGAUCAUCAAUAGAAACAAGAAAUGAAUCUUUACCAUUAUCAUUAAUUUCAAAUACCACUGGUUCUGAAUCAUUUGGAACAGUUGAUGAUAAUAUUCAAGUUGAAAGAAAGUCAUGGAGUAUGAUUUCUUCAAAACCAUCUUUAACAUUCUCAUCAUCUACCAAUUUUCUUGCACCACCAUCAACAGACAGUCCAAGUAGAGAUAUGUCAACAAGUGAAAAAUCAAUGCAAGAAAAACAAUAUUUAUUAGCAUGUGAAAGAGGUGAUAUAGGAUCAGUAAGAAAGUUAUUAGAAGGUGCUAGAAAACAUCCUGAAUAUCUUGAUAUAAAUUGCCUUGAUCCAUUAGGAAGAUCAGCUCUUCAUAUAGCAAUAGAAAAUGAAAAUAUAGAAAUGAUAGAAAUAUUAUUAGAUGCAAAUAUUGAGACAGGUGAUGCAAUAUUAUAUGCUAUAGGUGAAGAAAAUGUUGAAGCUGUUGAAAUAAUAAUAGAACAUUUAGAAAAAAUUAAUAAAUUUAAUCCUGAAACUCAAGGUGUUGAAAUUAAUGAACAUUCAGCAUUUACACCUGAUAUGACACCUAUAAUUUUAGCUGCACAUAAAGAUAAUUAUGAAAUUAUUAAAUUACUUUUAGAUAAAAAAGCAACUGUACCACAUCCACAUGAUAUUAGAUGUUUAUGUAAAGAAUGUACAUAUGCUAAAAGUGAAGAUUCUUUAAGAUUAUCACGAUCACGUUUUAAUGCAUAUCAAGCAUUAGCUAGUCCAUCUUUAAUUUGCCUUUCAGCUAGAGAUCCAAUAUUAUAUGCAUUUGAAUUAUCAUGGGAAUUAAGAAGAUUAUCUUAUGUUGAAAAUGAAUAUCGUAAUGAAUAUCAGGAGUUAAGUCAAAAAUGUCAAAAAUUUUCUGUUAAUAUGCUUGAUCAAGUUCGUGGGGCAAAAGAAUUAGAAAUUGUACUUAAUCAUACAACAAAUGCAUGGGGUGAAGUUGCUGAAAGAUAUACAAGUUCAGAAGAAGUUUCACAUACUUUAGCAAGAUUAAAAUUAGCAAUUCAAUUAAGACAAAAACGUUUUGUUGCUCAUCCUAAUUGUCAAAAAUUAUUGACAGCUUUAUGGUAUGAUAAAUUACCAUUUUUUAGUAAUAGAAAUAUUAUUUAUAAGCUUCUAAUAAUAAUAGCAGUAUCAAUUGCCUAUCCAAUAUUAGCUGUAUCAUAUUUAAUAGCACCAAAGUCAUGUAUUGGAUCAUUUAUAAAAAAACCAUUUAUUAAAUUUAUUUGCCACUCAGCAAGUUAUUGUUAUUUUUUAUUUCUUCUAAUAUUAGCAUCCCAAAGAAUUGAUUAUACAUUUUUCUUUGAUUUUUUUUCUAAUCAUAAUAAUGAUUUAGAAUCAAUGAAAGAUGAAGAUAUUGAUAGAAAAGAAACUAGAGGUCCACCACCAACACCAGUUGAGUUAGCUAUCUUAAUAUGGGUUCUUGGUUUUAUAUGGGUUGAAAUAAAACAACUUUGGGAUAGUGGAUUUCAUGAGUAUAUUUAUGAUUUAUGGAAUAUUCUUGAUUUUAUAACAAAUUCCUUGUAUUUAUGUACAUUUGCUUUAAGAGCAGUUGCAUAUUAUCAGGUUGAGGCAGAGAUGAGAGAUCCAAAAAUGCAACAUAUUGGAAGAAAAUUACAUAGAAAAGAUUGGGAUGCUUGGGAUCCAACAUUGAUAUCAGAGUGCAUGUUUGCUACAGCAAAUAUUUUUAGUAGUUUAAAAUUAGUACAUAUUUUUACUGUUAAUCCUCAUUUGGGACCAUUAAAAAUAUCAUUAGGGAGAAUGGUUAUUGAUAUAUUAAAGUUUUUUAUUGUCUAUUGUUUGGUGUUAUUUGCCUUUGCUUGUGGCCUUAAUCAGCUUAACUGGUAUUAUGCUUCAAUGAGGCAACAAGAAUGUUUAAAGUACAAGGAACUAUCAAAAAUAGAAGAUGGAAUAAAUUUAAAUAUAGCUGAGAUGAAAAAUUUAGAAGAAUCUUGUGAUCCAAAAUAUAGAUCCUGUGCCUCAUUAUUUAAUACAGUAGAAACAUUAUUUUGGGCAUUAUUUGGAUUAAUAGAUUUGAAUCAUUUUAAUUUAAAAGAAGAACAUGCUAUAACAGAAUGGACAGGAAAAACAAUUUUUGGAAGUUAUUCAUGUUGUUCUAUAAUUGUUUUAUUAAAUAUGUUAAUUGCUAUGAUGAGUAACUCAUAUCAAUAUAUUUCAGAUCAAUCUGAUUGUGAAUGGAAAUUUGCAAGAAGUAAAUUAUGGAUGGAGUAUUUUGAUGAUACAGCUACAUUACCACCACCAUUUAAUAUAAUACCAUCACCAAAAAGUUUUUAUUAUAUUAGUAGAUGGUUAUGCGAAAAUAUUUUUAGUUUUAGUAAAAAACUUCAAUUAGUUAAACAAAAAAGUAUGAGGAAUAUUCUUAUUUUAAAAUCGGUUAAUCAAAAAGAAAAUUAUUAUCGACGAACGCUACGAGUUAUUGCUGAACGAGAGUCUGUCUUUGGGUUUGUGUCAAAAAAUUUGAUUAAACGAUACAUUGCUCAAAUGCAACGAAGAAAACAAUUGAAUGAAGGUGUUAGUGAGGAUGAUGUAAAUGAAAUAAAACAAGAUAUAAGUGCUUUUCGUUUUGAAUUGUUGGGAAUAUUUAAAAACGCUGGUUUCGUUACUGGACAUAGUGAUAUUACUCAAAAAAUUAAUUCACGUGCCAAAAGGAGAGCAGCAAUGGCUGAAAGAAGAAUGAAGGGAUCCUCAGCAACAUUUAAUCUCCCAAUACCAGAAGAAUGGAAUUCAGAUAAAGGAACCGGAACAGAUAGUAAAAUAUCACAAACACAAAAACGAAGUCGUUCAGAAAGUAUAGCCAAUUUAGCUAAUUCUUUAAAAUUAACUAAUUGGUCACAUUUAAAUAGACUUCGAAAGCGUGUUAGUUUUAGAAAAUCAAGUAAUAAUAGUAACAAUUAUUCAAUAGACAGUACAUGUGGUUUGAUGUCAUCAAAGAAACAAAGUCUCUCAUCAUCAGGUUUUGAUAGAAAAGAAAGUAUCUUAGAAGAAUCUGAACAGGAUUUAAAAAAUGAAAUGGAAUUUGAUAAAAAUAGUUGUCAUAGUGUUAAGUGUAAUACUACAAAAAUAAGUAAUACAGAUGCUAUAAUGAAAAGAUUAAAAUUCAGAAAAACUAAUAAACAAAGUUGUACUGUUGAUGGAACAACAGAAGAAUUGAUGUUAUAA